AUGGAUAGUUGCCAGCUCAAUGCGAUGGAACCGUACAGGGACUACACUCAAGUUGGUUGGGUGUCCGCAAUAAUUACAUUUGCCUACGUCCUGGUUGCUACGCUGGCGUUGCUUGGCAACCUGUUGGUGAUCUGGACGGUGUGGCGGAACUCGCACAUGCACACGGUGACUAACUACUACAUCAUGAACCUUGCCAUUUCCGACCUGCUCGUGGCGGCGCUUGUCAUGCCGCUCAAGCUGCUGGAGUACCGCGCCGAGUGCCAGUGGCACAUCUUCAAGAGCGAUGGGCUCUGCUCUGUCGUCUACUACCUUCUUCCGGUUUUCGUGUUUGCCAGCGUCCUGACGCUUGUCGCCAUAUCCAUAGAAAGGUACUACGCAAUUGUUCACCCGUUGUCAGCGAUGAAAGUAAGCAGCAAGUCCCGUACUCGUAAGAUCCUCGCUGUCACAUGGGUUAUCCCGAUCCUGGUGGCGUCCCCGUUUGUUUUCAGUAGAAGUCUGCCUUUCUCCAUACACAGCGAGCUUGGAUCUAUUUCACGAGAAAUCUGUAAUGACCGUUUUAAUGAAAUUGACUUUGCCUUGUUUGGCGACCCUGAACACAUAGGGGAUUUUCGAAAAGGCUACUUCCUGUUUCUCUUUUUUGUUAUGUAUUUGACUCCCAGUGCUGUUAUUUUUAUCACAUGUGUGAAGAUUGCAAUUAGUCUUGUACAACCAAUAACCGUGGAAAACUCCAUUUACGGACGAAAAGAUACUAGAAGAAGACAUGAGGAAAACAAACGAAAGGUGGCUCGGAUGGUGAUUGUUAUCGCCAUAACGUUCAUUAUCUCUUGGUCACCCCACUACCUGGUCAGCAUCAUCAGUCAGCUCCAGCCAAAUAGCUUUCUACGAGAGGGUCAAAUCAUUUUCACCAUGCUUAUUACUCAUCUCUGUGGCUUUGUUAACAGUUGUCUUAACCCUAUCAUUUAUACAGCAAUGAGCCAAAAAUUUCGACGCAGUUUUAAAGACAUUUUAGGUCGUAUUUUAUACUGUUGCACGUUUCGAUCGUUAGGACCAUAUGGGAUGAGGUACGGUCAGUCACAGAGGUUUACGUCCACCUUUCGACAAACGUUAUCCGAGACUGACCCAAACCACCUCGCUUUGAAUGAUCACAGACACAGGAACACCGUGUUGUUGACUGCAAAAACACAUCCGUCACACAGUAGUAGCGGAACAGACUCGGACAUUCGGGAGUUGAAAGAAGAGGAAAAGAGCAUUGUGAAGAAGUAUAUUUUCAAAAACAAUGGACACGUUUGUAAAACAGAAAAUAUCGUUGUACGAAACAGUUCCCCUGUAAAUGUUGAACCUGCUUCGCCAUUGAAAGGAAUUCUAAAGAAUGGUACAAGAAACGUUGAUUAUCAAAGUAAUAUACGUUGCCAUGAGCAGUUGUGCACAGGGGAUGAUGAAAGGAAUAUUGCAGACGUUUAA